AUGCCUUUAAAAGAGGAUCCUCAGCAUUUGGGAAAAUCUAAGGAGUUUGAGUUGAAGAAAUUAAAUCUGAUGUGGAAACGUUUAAUUAAGGAGCCAAAUUAUUUAUCUUUAUAUAAAGAUUUCCUUCAUGAAUAUUUAGAGAUGGGACACACGUCAGAAAUUUCGGAUGAUGAGGAGGAAGAAGCCACUUACUACAUUCCCCAUUUAGGAGUUUACCGCCCUGAUAAGCAAUCAACUGUCCUAAGAGUUGUUUUUAAUGCGAGUUAUCCUACCUUAGCUGGUAACUCCUUAAAUUCUUUGCAAUUAAAUGGAGGCAUAGUUCAGAGUGAUUUAUUUUCCAUCAUGACAAGGUUCCGUAAAUAUGUCUAUGCAUUCACAGCAAACAUUAAGAAAAUGUACCGAAUGAUCUUAAUUCAUCAAAGCCAAAGAAAAUUGCAGCGUAUUCUUUGGAAAGAAAAAGAGAAAGGACCUGUCAAAACCUACGAGUUGAAUACCGUCACUUACGGUACGGUGUGUGCACCAUUUCUAUCAACUCGUACAUUAAAGCAAAUAGCUAUUGAUGAAGGAGAAAAUUAUCCUCUUGUUGCUCCAGUCAUUGAAAAUGAUUUCUACAUCGAUGAUGUGUUGACCGGCUCUGAUAAUUUAACAACUGCAAAGGAACUUAAAAAUCAGUUAAUUGGUAUUUUAGGAAAUGCUGGCAUGCAACUCCACAAAUGGCAUAGCAACUGCGCAGCGUUAGUUUCUGAUGGUGAAGAAAUAUAUAAUUUUACUAAUUGUGAUGGAACUCAAGUGCUAGGAGUUUCCUGGAGUCCGAAGAAAGAUAGUCUUUAUUUUAAAGUUACCUGUAGUGCAUCACAUAGAAAAGACUCGAAGGUUACGAAGCGUUGUGUCUUAUCCACAAUUGCACGCCUUUUCGACCCCCUUGGAUUGCUUGGACCAGUAGUGUCAAAAACAAAGAUAUUUUUGCAACAGCUAUGGUCUUUAAAACUGGACUGGCAUGAAGAACUACCUGAGAAACAAGUCCAAGAGUGGAAAAAGUUUGUCGAAGCUUUAGAGAGUGUUAACAACAUGGAAUUUGAUAGAUGUAUACUUACAGAGGGAGCUGACAUGAUUGAAAUUCAUGGAUUCGCCGACGCGUCAGAGGUUGCUUACGGUGCUGUUGUUUACUGUAAGUGUGUUAAAAAUGGUCAAGCAGCGACUAUCAAAUUGAUUGCUAGCAAAAGUCGUGUAUCACCUUUGAAAAGAGUAACCAUCCCAAGACUAGAACUCUGCGCCUCACUGCUUCUAGCCAAAUUAGUGAAAAAAGUGAUAAAAGCUCUUGAUUUGCCUAUACCCAACAUUUACUUAUGGAGUGAUAGCAUGAUUGUGCUUUCUUGGAUACUUAAGGAGUCAUUUCUACUUAAGACUUUCGUAGCCAAUCGUGUAUCCCAGAUUCAAGACUUAACUAACAUUGACAGUUGGAGAUAUGUACCAUCAACUGAGAACCCUGCAGACAUUAUCUCCAGAGGUCUCGAUCCUGAUAAACUUUCACAAUGUAGAUUGUGGUUUGAAGGACCAAAUUUCUUGUGUAACAGUGAAUAUCCAAAUAGAGACAUUCCAUCCAGAGUUAUUGAAGAUGAAUUUUCUAAUGAAUUUAAACCAUCUAUUAGUAAUAAUUAUAGUAAACUCAUUCGUGUAUUAAGUUUUGUAUAUAGGUUCAUCGAUAAUUGUCGGAGCACUUAUGACACAUCAACUGGGUCUUUGUCUCCAGAUGAACUUAAAAGAGCUGAACUGAAAUUGGUAAGUUUAGUGCAGAAACGGGAGUUCAGCAAGGAAAUCAGAGAUUUAGAAAUUACAGGUGAAGUUUCAAAGCAGAGUAAGGUAAGAAAUUUAUGUCCUUUCAUUGAUAAAGAAGGUCUCUUAAGAGUAGGUGGACGUUUGUCCAAUAGUAAUUUGUGCUUUGACAAAAAAUUCCCAUUGUUGUUACCAGAAAAACAUAAAUUAACACAAUUGAUAAUUAUUAGUAAUCAUAUUAAGAAUUUACAUGUUGGACCUCAAACAUUAUUGUUUAUUAUAAGGCAAAGAUUUUGGCCAAUCAAUGGCAGAUCUAUUUGUAGAAAAGUAGUUCGUGAGUGUUUGUCGUGCUUUAAAGCUAAACCAAUAACUUGUGAUCAACUUAUGGGUGAUCUACCCAAAAGUCGUGUGAGUCAAAACUUUCCAUUUGCCAUUUCAGGUGUGGACUUUUGCGGUCCAUUUACAAUUAAAUACAAGAACCAACGGAAAGGUACUUUUCAAAAAAUUUAUGUCGCGAUUUUUGUAUGUUUCGUCACAAAAGCGAUUCAUUUGGAGCUUGUGACAGAGUUGAGCUCUCAAGCAUUUAUAGCUACAUUAAAGAGAUUUUUUUCGCGUAGAGGAAAAAGCAGUAUUCUGUACUCAGAUAAUGCGACUAAUUUCGUUGGGAGUAAUAAUGAGUUACAGCGAUUAUUUAGCUUAGUUAAAAAUCCUGAUAAGAGUUUAUGUAAUUAUAUGAGUCAUGAAAAUAUCAAAUGGAAAUUUUUGCCACCUAGGAGUCCGAAUUUUGGAGGGCUCUGGGAAGCUGGAGUGAGAUCCUUCAAAUAUCAUCUGAAAAGAGUAGUGGGUGAUAAGAAAUUAACUUAUGAAGAUUUUUUGACUGUAACUACUCAAAUUGAGUCCGUUUUAAACUCAAGACCGCUUACCCCGUUAUCUUCAGAUGCCAAUGAUUUGAGCGUUCUCACUCCAGGCCAUUUCCUGAUCGGAAGACCGUUCGCAUCAAUUGUUGAACCAGAUGUAACCAAUGUAUCUGAAAAUAGGUUGAGUUUAUGGCACAAAACCACUAAAUUCGUGCAAUUAAUAUGGAAAAAGUAG